AGUUUAUAGGUUCUGAAAUAUGAUUACCGAUAGGCUGAACGGUACUAACAAUAUUUAGCAAUGUUUGAUUCGUUUUAGUAUUAUGAUUUUUACCAAAAUGUUCUCUAAUUUAUUAGGAGAGUGUAUAUCAUUAUUCAAAUAUUUUCAGUGGUGCUCUUAGAAUGGAUAUUAGAUGUAGAAUUUGAAGUUUAUAUGAUCUUCUUCAAGGAAAUCGUCCGCCCGUGUUUAGUUUAACCAAACAUGGCUGACUUUUUAUGGAGAAGACGGUAGGAAUUUCGUACAAAUGAAACUCACAGGCUUUAGGAAAGGAUUUACCUUUUCAAGUCACUGACAGUAGCCCUUCUGCUCAUAAAGGGCACUUACAUUGUCAAGAUUUGCUUAAAGUCAGAUAUUGAAGAUGUCAGGAACAAGUCGAAGAAGGGACCAGCGAGAUGCGGAGAGUCCGACGGCUCCAGACUCCACAACAAGGGAUCGGGUGUUUUGUUGUGGAGAUGAGGUACUUGUUCAGAGGAAGGAUGGCAACUUUUACUUGGGCACAGUUGUUGAGGUGAAUCUUGUACAAGAAAAGUGUUUGGUGAAAUUCGAUGACAAUACUGACCAUUGGUCUGCUUUCAAGCACCUAGCAAAGCUCAAUAAGGUGGACAAUGUGAUGUGUGUAAUAUGUAAGAAGUCACAGACCAAGAAAGACAAUGAAGUUGUGGUCUGCGACCGGUGUUCCAGAGGUUAUCACCAACUCUGCCAUCAGCCUAUAAUAGAAGUAGGAGUCGACUGUUGGGAGUGCCAAAGAUGCCAAACAACACCACCAAAGCCAUUACGUGCCAUGAGGAAACAAGCGCCUGCCCCUCCUCCUCCCCUCUCAGUGGUUCCUCAAGAACAAACAAAAAAUAAGCUGCCUUAUGAUAUGGACAACUUGGUGUGGGAUACGCACCAUAGAGUGAACAGUGACAACAAGUAUUGUUACUGCGGCCUUCCUGGGGAUUGGUACAUGAAAAUGCUGCAGUGUGGCCGGUGUAAGCAGUGGUUCCACGAGCAUUGUAUCCGAUGUCUGCAUUACCCUUUAUAUCUGGGUGAUCCAUUUUAUGUUUUUGUUUGUAAUUUGUGCAAUAAUGGAAAAGAAUUUAUUCGACGAUUGGAAAUGAAGUGGGUUGAUCUGAUGCAUUUAGUAUUAUUUAAUCUAACUGUUUACAAAGCAAAGAAAUUUCAUGAGAUAGAUGCAGAUAUUUUACAGUAUGUAAAUAACAACUGGAAUACCUUACAACUGCCACCAAAGGUAUGUUUUUAUCUUUAAGUUCAAGUUAAUUUAUUUUCUAAUUAAAUGC